UUUUCAGAUGAAUAUGAUUACGAUUUGGUCGUAAUUGGUGGUGGUUCCGGUGGUUUGGCUUGCGCCAAGGAAGCUGUUGCUAAUGGCGCCAAGGUUGCCUGUUUGGAUUAUGUUAAGCCCACACCAUUGGGUACCAAAUGGGGUAUCGGUGGUACUUGUGUGAAUGUUGGUUGCAUUCCCAAGAAAUUGAUGCAUCAGGCCUCCUUGUUGGGUGAAUCGAUUCAUGAAGCCACUGCCUAUGGCUGGGAAAUUCCCAACAAAGAAGCUAUCAAACCAAAAUGGGAAAAUUUGGUACAGGCUGUACAAAAUCACAUUAAAUCGGUGAAUUGGGUUACCCGUGUGGAUUUGCGUGACAAGAAAGUUGAAUACAUCAAUGGUGCUGGUUCAUUCAAGGAUCCCCAUACCGUUGUUGCCAAAUUGAAGAACAAUUCGGAACGCACUUUGACCGCUCGCAAUGUUGUCAUUGCUGUUGGUGGCCGUCCACGUUAUCCCGAUAUUCCCGGUGCCGUUGAAUAUGGCAUCACCAGUGAUGAUCUCUUCAGUUUGGAUAAAGAACCCGGCAAGACUUUGGUUGUUGGUGCUGGAUACAUUGGUCUCGAAUGUGCCGGUUUCCUUAAGGGUUUGGGCUAUGAUGCCACCGUCAUGGUACGUUCCAUUGUUUUGCGUGGUUUCGAUCAACAAAUGGCCAAUAUGGUUGCUGAUUCCAUGGUUGAACGUGGCAUUCCCUUCUUGCACAAAACCAUUCCCAAGUCUGUGGAAAAGACCGAAGAUGGUCGCCUCUUGGUGAAAUACGUUAACACUGAAACCCAAGAGGAGGGCAGUGAUGUCUACGAUACCGUUUUGUGGGCCAUCGGCCGUAAAGGCUUGGUUGAUGAUUUGAAUUUGGGUGCUGCCGGCAUCGAAGUUAAGGGUGACAAGAUCGCUGUCAACGAAGCUGAACAAACCAAUGUACCACACAUUUAUGCCGUGGGUGAUAUUAUUCAUGGUCGCCCCGAAUUGACCCCCGUUGCCAUACAUGCUGGUCGUUUAUUGGCACGUCGUCUCUUUGCUGGCUCCAAGCAAAUCAUGGACUAUUCGGAUGUGGCAACCACAGUAUUCUCUCCCUUGGAAUAUGGUUGUGUCGGCAUGGCUGAAGAAGAUGCCAUCAAGAAAUACGGUGAAGAUAAUGUUGAGGUGUUCCAUGGCUUCUACAAGCCCACUGAAUUCUUUAUCCCACAAAAGUCG